CUGGAGACUGCGUGCCCGCUGGCGUCUGCACCAUGGUGACGGGCUGCCGCGGGGCGUGGGUAGCCAUGGCGGCUUGGUUCGCCUUCUCUAUCGCGACUGCGACUGUAUUCCUCCUGUUGGUCCUCUCUCGAGUUUCACAGGCUCAGGCCUUCUUCUUCCCCUUCCGGCAGCCGGAGACGUGCGGCCACAACGAGUACUUCGAUAUCUCCGCGCUCUCCUGUGUCCCGUGUGGGGCCAACCAGAGGCAGGAUGCCCGAGGAACUUCAUGUGUGUGUCUACCAGGAUUUCAGAUGAUCUCUAAUAAUGGAGGACCUAAUAUCAUUUGUAAAAAGUGCCCAGAAAACAUGAAAGGUGUUACUGAGGAUGGCUGGAACUGUAUUUCUUGCCCUGCUGGUUUAACUGCAGAAGGAAAAUGCCACUGUCCCACUGGCCAUAUUUUAGUGGAAAGAGAUGUUAAUGGAACCUUGUUGCCUCAAGCAACUUGUAAACUCUGUGAUGGAAGUGAAAACUCUUUUAUGGUAGCAAAUGCUUUAGGAAACAGGUGUAUCCGAUGUGAACCAACAUUCAUUAAUACCAGCAGGUCCUGUGCAUGUUCUGAACCUAACAUUUUAACAGGGGGAUUAUGUUUCAGCAGCACAGGGAAUUUUCCUCCACGUAUGACUUCAGCUGCACGCUACGGAGAGCUUGGCGUGUCUUUCACCUCAGAAUGGUUUGCAAAGUAUUUGCAGUCAUCAGCAGCUGCUUGUUGGGUUUAUGCCAACCUAACAUCUUGCCAAGCUCUCGGAAAUAUGUGUGUGAUGAACAUGAAUUCUUACGAUUCUUCCACUUUUGAUGCAUGUCGACUGUUUCAGUUUAUCUUUGAAAACACUGCUGGACUGCGCACUGUUCAUUCUUUUUCAUUUUGGAGACAGAAUCUUCCAUGGCUGUUCUAUGGAGACCAGCUGGGAUUAGCACCUCAAGUACUCAGUACUACACCUCUUCCUACAAAUUUCAGUUUUAAAGGGCAAAACCAGAACACAAAACUGAAGUUUGUUGCUGCCUCCUAUGAUGUAAGAGGAAACUUUCUCAAGUGGCAAACUUUAGAAGGAGGUGUUUUGCAGCUUUGUCCCGACACAGAGACCAGACUCAAUGCUGCGUAUUCUUUUGGAACAACCUAUCAGCAGAGUUGUGAGAUUCCUAUCUCUAAGCUCUUAACUGACUUUCCCACCCCUGUAUUUUAUGAUGUGUACCUUGAAUAUACUGGUGAAAAUCAACACCGAUAUAUUUGGGCCGUGCCUGUGUUAAACUUAAACCUUCAGCACAAUAAAAUAUUUGUGAACCAAGACAGUAGCUCUGGCAAGUGGCUUCUGACUCGGCGCAUUUUCUUGGUGGACGCACUAAGUGGACGAGAAAAUGACUUAGAAAGUCAGCCAAGAUUAGUUCGAGUUGCUACCCAAAUAUCACUGAGCAUCCACCUUGUACCCAACACAAAGAAUGGAAACAUCUACCCUCCCCUAAUUACCAUUGCCUAUAGUGACGUUGACGUCAGAGACCCCACCAGCCAGUCUGUGGAGGUUUCUUUCUCAGUCAGAUAUGAAAUGGAUCAAGGUGAAGCACACGUCCAGACAGAUAUUGCUUUGGGUGUGUUGGGUGGACUAGCGGUUUUAUCAUCUCUUUUGAAGACAGCGGGGUGGAAGAGGCGCGUUGGCAGUCCCAUGAUUGAUUUGCAGACAGUUGUGAAGUUCUUGGUGUACUAUGCUGGCGACCUGGCCAAUGUUUUCUUUAUCAUCACCGUGGGGACAGGUCUUUACUGGCUUAUUUUCUUCAAAGCACAGAAGUCUGUCUCUGUUUUGCUACCAGUGCCGGCCCAGGAAGAACGUUUUGUUACUUUCGUGGGAUGUGCUUUUGCUCUGAAGGCUCUGCAAUUUUUGCAUAAGCUCAUCUCCCAGAUUACCAUAGACAUAUUCUUUAUCGAUUGGGAGCGGCCCAAAGGAAAGGUUCUUAAAGCUGUUGAAGGUGAGGGUGGCGUCCGGAGUGCUACCGUUCCUGUCAGCAUAUGGAGAACAUAUUUUGUAGCAAAUGAAUGGAACGAAAUUCAGACUGUGAGAAAGAUUAACCCACUCUUUCAAGUACUUACUGUCCUCUUCUUUUUGGAGGUUGUGGGAUUCAAGAACUUAGCAUUAAUGGACUCAUCCUCCAGUCUCUCCAGAAGCCCGUCUAGCUACAUAGCCCCUUACAGCCGUAUUCUGAGAUACGCGGUGUCUGCUGCUGCUUGGCUAGUCAUUGCCCUUAUGCAGAUCGUGUUCUUUGUUGUCUUUUAUGAGAGAUUUAUAGAAGAUAAAAUUCGACAGUUUGUUGAUUUAUGCUGCAUGAGUAAUAUAUCAGUGUUUCUGUUAUCCCACAAAUGUUUUGGGUAUUACAUCCAUGGUAGAUCAGUACACGGGCACGCCGACACUAAUAUGGAAGAAAUGAAUAUGAAUCUUAAGAGAGAAGCGGAAAAUCUGUGUAGCCAGAGAGGUUUGGUACCCAAUACAGAUGGUCAGACUUUUCAGAUUGCAAUUUCUAGCCAGAUGAGACAACACUAUGACAGAAUUCAUGAGACACUAACAAGGAGAAAUGGCCCUGCGAGGCUGCUGAGUUCACCAGCAAGUACUUUUGAGCAGAGUAUAAAAGCAUAUCAUACUAUGAAUAAAUUUCUUGGCUCUUUCAUCGAUCAUGUUCAUAAGGAAAUGGACUACUUUAUAAAAGAUAAAUUGCUUCUUGAAAGAAUUCUUGGAAUGGAAUUCAUGGAACCAGUGGAAAAAAGCAUCUUUUACAAUGAUGAAGGCUAUUCUUUCAGCAGUGUUCUGUAUUAUGGAAAUGAAGCCACUCUUCUUAUUUAUGAUCUGCUGUUCUUCUGUGUUGUGGAUUUGGCUUGCCAAAAUUUUAUUUUAGCAGCCUGCCUUACAUACCUACAACAAGAGAUUUUUAGAUUUAUCCGUAAUACAGUAGGACAGAAGAAUUUGGCAUCCAAAACAUUGGUGGAUCAGAGAUUUCUGAUUUAAUUUAUUGACUAGAUAAAGACUGAAUUAUAAUCAUGGCAAAAAAAGUCAUGAUUAUCAGAUUAGUUUGCCAUAUUUUUUAAAAUUUUAUAAUACAAAUUAUUCUAUUUUUGUUUUUUAAUCUACAGAAAGAUUUAUUUUUAUAACUUGUGGAUAUGUAACUUGCUUUGUGGCUAUGUAAUGUGAUAUAAUGGAAAACAUGAAUGUUGCUUUCAGCAAAACAUUUUUUUAAUGAUAAUCAAAACAAUACCCAUCAUUUGUCUCUGUAGAUUAUUUCAUAAACUAGGUUUGCCUACAUUUUCUCAAUUGAAAAAAAUUUUUGAUUCCAACUUUGAGCCUAGUUUUCAAUUCAGUAUUUUCUUAUUUUAUGUAUUUUAUAGUUAAAUAAAUGUUGAAAGUGUUUUCAAGUUUACUUAGCAAUUUGAAAUUGUAUUUGGGCCAGCUCACUUUGUCUCAUUCUGGCUGCUCACCCUGCUUGGCAGUAGACUGUCCUUGUUAGAUUAAGAGGCAUCCCAUGCAGUGGUGCAUGUCCAUUCCUUUAUGUGCCUGUAUUAUCAGGCCAAUACACUCUUCCGUGAAGUACAUUCAUGUCUCUAAUAUCAUUUACAUUUAUUGAACUGUAAUGUGACAUUUUCCCCAAUACAAUUUUCAGUACCUUUUCAUUACUUGACAUUUUUAGAGCACUCCCAAAGUUUUGCUCUUCAAUUAUGUUUAGACUUUAUAAAAAAUAAACUGUAAAAUAUCAUAUUAUGCUAACAAGGUUUAUUGAAAGCAAAGCCUAAGCUUCAUAGUUAGUAAAUAGGCUUGUAUUUUUUUUAAUAAGGAAGAAAUAUUAGGAGUCAAAAUAUAAUUAACAUAAAUCCUGAGCCAUGUGGCUAACAAUUUUUUAUGAAAUUAUUUUUCUUCAGUAUACUCUUUAAUAAUCCCUUUUGUUGUGUACCAUGAACUUGAAAGUCACCUUGUUUCAACUGUAAUGGUCAUUAACCCCCAAACCUACAUUUCUUACUUUCUUCUAUGUUAAUGCUGUAUAAAUACCGAAAUGUAAUUCUAUGUAGAUAUUGUUUAUAUUUCUGAAUUGAAAAUGUGUAAUAAAACACUUGAUGUUUCUCUUUC